AAAGUCAAUCAAAGAGAGAGAGCAAAAGAUGGCGCCGUAGUGAUACAGUAAGAGCAAACAAAAGGAACCAAACCAUACCCAAACCCGUCCUUUGAUACACUCCAAAGGAUCAUCACUCUCUCGAACACAGCUAACAGCGACUACUCUUCUCCUUCCUUAUAUUAACACCCCUCACUCUCUUCAAUCUUCUCGUUCUCGACCCAACUCUCUUUCUCGUUCUCUUUUUCUCUCUCUCGAUUUCUCCGCCAUGUCUCACUCCAUUUCCACCCUGUCUCAGGUUUUUGUGACUGUUCCCGUUGCAAGUGAUUGCUCCCUCAAGCGAUCUGUGUUUAAGACCAAUACUGUAAACUUUCCUGAUAAAUUAUGGACACCUACAUUAUCUUUGAACUUCAAGACAAAGAAUGGGGUGUCAAGAGAUCGGAAAAUACUGUGUAUGUCAGUGCAACAAGCAUCUGCACCUAAGGUCGCUGUUUCUCCUUUAGAACUCGAAGAUGCCAAAGAGCCUCCGUUGAAUUUACACAAGCCUAAGGAGCCUUACACAGCAACCAUUGUUUCUGUUGAGAGGAUUGUAGGCCUGAAAGCACCUGGAGAGACUUGCCAUGUCGUGAUUGAUCACGGUGGCAAUGUACCUUACUGGGAAGGACAAAGUUAUGGUGUAAUUCCCCCGGGUGAAAACCCAAAGAAACCUGGAAUGCCCCACAAUGUUCGUCUUUAUUCUAUAGCAUCAACUAGGUAUGGAGAUUUCUUUGAUGGUAAGACAGCUAGCUUGUGUGUGCGUCGGGCUGUUUACUAUGAUCCCGAAACAGGGAAAGAGGAUCCUUCCAAAAACGGGGUGUGCAGUAACUUCUUGUGCAACUCGAAGCCUGGAGAUAAAGUUAAAAUUACAGGCCCCUCUGGCAAGAUAAUGCUUUUGCCUGAAGAUGAUCCAAAUGCCACUCACAUAAUGAUCGCUACUGGAACUGGUAUUGCUCCAUACAGAGGCUAUCUACGUCGUAUGUUCAUGGAAUCUGUUCCAACUUUCAAGUUUGGUGGGCUUGCUUGGCUAUUUCUUGGGGUUGCCAACAAUGACAGCCUACUUUACGAUGAAGAGUUCACCAAAUAUCUCAAGGACUACCCAGAUAACUUCCGUUACGACAAAGCACUUAGCCGAGAACAAAAGAACAAGAGCGGUGGCAAGAUGUAUGUCCAAGACAAGAUUGAAGAAUACAGUGACGAAAUCUUUAAACUCUUGGACAAUGGAGCUCACAUUUACUUCUGUGGACUUAAAGGAAUGAUGCCUGGAAUCCAAGAAACCCUCAAGAGGGUUGCUGAGCAGAGAGGGGAGAGUUGGGAAGAGAAACUUUCACAGCUCAAAAAGAACAAGCAAUGGCACGUCGAAGUCUAUUGAUACCUCAUAUAUUUGUGGACCAGCAUCUUCAUUGCUGUCUAGGCUUACCCAGAUAUGUUCUUUCUUCUCAUCCCCUUUUAAUAAGAUUUAAGGAGUAGCUUGAGUAGUAGUAGCGUUGUCAUUCAUCUGUAUUGUUGAAUAAUACGAGAGAAGAACAAUUUUCUCGGGGAUGAAACAAAUUGAGAAACUGUUUUGAACUGGUCAUUUAUGAGUGUUAAUAUGAUUGUAUUGCUGCUCUCUGCUGAAAUGUUAAUUGCCAAUACAUGCCUUAUUUAUUCCAUCAA